AUGGAGGCCCUACUGGAGUGCUGGACUCAGGCUGGGGAGUUUAUGCAGGACCGCUGGCUGUCGCUGCUCGACGUGAUAGGCGAGGAUCCUUGGCGGCUGUGGGUGCUGGGCAGCACUGUGACGAUAUUCUCCGUCUACUGGGUGUAUGCGACUCUGUUUACCAUUAUGGAUAUUACGAAUCGACCGCGGUUCAUACGCAAAUACAAGAUCCAACCGGGUCAGAACGAGCCCGUUGAUCUGACCAAGCUUUGGCGUGCCAUCAAGGUGGUGCUUUUUAACCUGACGGUCGUCAAUCUGUUGGCCUCGUGGGUGGUAUUCGAACUGAUCUACAAGAACAAUAACAGUCUGAAUGUACGGGAGCUGCCCACGUUCACGCGGUCGGUGCGAGAUCUGGUGGUGUUCGUGGUGCUAGAGGAGAUCAUGUUCUACUAUGUCCAUCGUCUGAUGCACCACAAAGCGAUCUACAAGUAUGUGCACAAGAAGCAUCACGAGUGGACGGCCCCGAUAGCGGCGAUCACGCUGUAUGCCCACCCCGUGGAGCAUGUACUGGCCAACCUUCUCCCGGUGGCACUCUCAAUAGCGCUGCUGGGCACCCACGUCGCCUUGGCCUGGAUGAUCUUUGCCUUGGCCAUUAUCAACUCGAUGAGCGAUCAUACCGGAUACAGCUUCCCCUGGUCGGGGGGGUCCGUCCGCUUCCACGACUAUCACCAUGCCAAAUUCAACUAUAAUUAUGGUGUGAUCGGUUUGCUGGACAAAUUGCACGGGACAUAUCGUGCAACGCCGGAACAGAAACCGCCCAUGCGGGGCAGUGGCAAAACAGUCAAGAGGAAACUAAAAUAACUACAAUUCGGUCUAACACAUUUUCAAUCAUUUUUAUUUACUUGUAAAUACAUUCAAAUUUUCAGUGCUGCCAAACGGCAAAUGUAUGCAUUAAGACCCAAGUUCGUUGUCGGGCUGUGGUUACUGAGCAGAAUAGUUGGUAUUUUGUGCGAAAAAUUCUAUGCCACUAUAAUGGUGACGUGACUUGUUGGGGAGUUUCAGGGGCCAACAAAACAAAA